AAUGUUUUGUGCAAAGAAUAUGAUUCGAUGUCCGUGUAAUAAGUGUUGGAACAGAGAAUGGCAUCAUCAACGCAAAGUGUAAUCUCAUCUUAUUAUGAACGGCUUCAUGGAUGGGUAUUUUAUUUGGAAAAGACGUGGAGAAAUUAUUCAUAGAAAAUGGCGUUGCACCCAAGUGGGUGAAUCAUCAAGUGCCGCCGCUGCUACUGCUACUAUGAAUAAUGUUCCAAGUGUCAAUCAACUUAGAGACAUGCUUCAUGAUGCCAUGGCACCAAAUUUUUUUAAUAAUGAAAAAAGUGUCACAGGGGUAGAAGAUGCAACACAAUUUGAUACUAGUUUUGAUAAUCUAUAUGGUGUCAGUACAGAAUCGAUAUUUGAGGAGCUAAGAGGAGAUGCAAAAGAGUUCUUUGAUCUUUUGCGAGCAACUGAUACACCUCUUUUUGAAGGGUGUGAUGAUGCUGUCACUGUGUUAAAAUGGGUGUGUGAGCUCAUGAGUGCAAAAACACUUUUUAACAUGAGUGUUACUAAUUGGGACUAUGUGCUAAAGUGUAGUCUAAUGACCUUCAAAAAAGUUGAUAGGGAGAAAUUGCCAACAGAUUAUUAUAGUGCCAAGAAGAUGUUGAGGCAUCAGGGUCUCAAGUAUAAAAAGAAGACUACAGAGCAUAUGACCUGGCAUUUAAAUUGUUAUAAUGAAAAUGAGAAAAUUUUUCCUCCUACAUGUGGAGAGGCGUGGAAGCAUUUUGAUAGCACUCACCCUGAGUUUGCUAGUGAACUGAGGAAUGUUAGUAUGGAGCAUCUUGCAAUCCAUCUUCCAUAUGAGGCUCGUGUAGGAGGAUCGGUGCAAUUUGGAUGGAUGUAUCCAUUUGAGAGGUUUAUUGAAAUACAUGAAGAAGUUGAUGUUGGGGAGGGGAUUGGGGAAGAGGAUGAAGAAGGAGAAUGGGAAGAUUUUGAGACAUCAGAAGAAGAAAACAUAGAAACAUAUGUUGAGGAGAAUGAUAGUAGUGAUGAGCCGAGUCUCUCAAUGAUGAGGAUACACUUGUGGCUACUCCCCAGCAGAGACAGGGAUGGGGGUCAGACGACAGAUUGUGGUCCAGUUGUGGGAGAAUCUCCCAGAUGUUUACACAUCGUGAGGAUAGGUCCUUUGUGUGCAUUGGGACAUGUAUUGGAAUAUAUUCAGUCAAGGAUCAAGUUCAAGCAUGCACUUAGUGAGUUGAAAGCUAAGUGUUCAAAGAGAAGCUUUCAAGUUAAGCCUCCAAAUAUGAAUCUAGAGUUAUGGGUGAGGCUUGUUUAUUUAUUGUCACGCCCCAAAACCCAAUUUCGAGACGCGACAGACGCCGUGCACUCGUGAGACGGGUCCCACAAAUGCACAAGGCUCGGAACUUAUCAUAUCACACUCUGAUACCACCAAAAUCUGAAGAUCAAAUUAUAAGAUUUCUCGAUCAUAAAUCUCCAAUAAAAUCUCCAAAUACACUCUGGUUUACAAGAUCAUGAUUUACUUCUAAAAUCUAUAUCAAUCUCGAAAUGGCUAGCUUUCUAACUCGUCACUUCCUGUGGUUUCCCCGUCCUCGGUUUCAUUUCCUGAAAUGGUGGACAAGGAAAAACUAUGAGAUAAACUCAGUAAGUAAAAUAUGGAUUGCCCUUAAUUAAACUUAUAGCAUGCCAACAAGUGCAAUCACAAAAAACGGAUACAGUACGGGCACGAAAUAGACGUCUCCUCUAUAGGUCACGGCCAGUUCCCACUGGCAGGCAAACAGGAAUACUAGUGUAUAAUCCCCACUAGUAGGGCCACGAUUUGCUGGUGUAUAACCCCCACUAGCU